AUGGAGGGUUUCGACGUGUUCAAUCUCACGCCUUGCUUGGUUGGUCCUAUUCUUUGUAGAAAACCUGAUGCCGAUGGUCUCGUGUGGUUGGUUCCUAGCAUCGGGUUUCGUCUCGGCAAAGUUGACCUAGAAGGCCGUGUCACCAGCCUGGAUUAUGCCGAUGCCUUGGCAAAUGGCUCAUUGAUCCUGAUUGAUAACAUCACCAGACUGCUCCACCGUGUCUAUGACUGGGAAUCGCCUAUGACUGGUUCUAGUCCUGCUACUGACGGGCCAGGACAUCGUAUUAGGUCAGCCUCUGGUGCUGCCAGGGUCGGUGCUCUGUUCUCUGCCUGUUGUUGUGGUGACGGGUUUGUUUAUGCUUUGGCGUUGACAGAAGAUGCCGAAGGAGUGGUACGGAUAAGCGUUCGUGAUGAUGUGGGUAUCAGCUCUGUGGUCGACCGUACUGGGAACUCAGCUAAAGCGACAUCCCGAAUCUGA